AUGUCCAGUCCUAGUAUCCAGGUUUUCACAGGAGGGGAUCGAUUUGCAACUAUCACGCCCGAUGAUCAUGGGGGAAUCCUCUGGGUUGCUUCUACUGUUUGCGCAAUCUACGUACUCCUCUGCCUGGGGCUGCGCAUGUACGUUAAGCGAGAGUUUUACGGUCUUGACGACCUACUAGCUCUUUUAGCCACGGUUGUCGCUGAAGCUCAAUAUAUUGCUAUUUUCUUCGGGCUAUCCGACGGAUUAGGGAGAAAUGAUGCCAACUUCAGCACUUUCCAAAUUGAGAAGAUUGGGAGGUCAAUACUUUUCAGCGAGGUCUUCUUUCUUCUCGGAUUGCUCCUUGCGAAAGUGUCGGUUAUUCUGUUAAUACGCCGCCUGUUCAGCCCUGAUAUGCGACCACAUAUUGUCGCCUGUGAUACAACUUUAGUUGUCAUACGGUGGCAGGCAAUUGGGGCCCUCGACGCCUUCACCGAGUUCCUUAUUUUUGGAAUGGCCGUAUUAGUCGUUUGGCGCGUUCAAAUGAAGCAUUCACGGAAGGCCCGUGUAGUGAUGGCCUUCAUACCCAGACUCCCGGUGAUUGUAUUUGCAGUUCUCCAUAUUCAACGCACUAUGGACUUUACCACCAAACCAAAACCCAGCGUUAGCAUCGUGGCGCCCUUGGUCUAUCAACAAAUCGAGCUGUGUUAUUCUCUUAUAUCAUGCACCAUCCCUAACCUUGGGGGAUACCUACUCAAAUUCAAUACUGGGAUGGGCAUCACCCUCGGAUAUGUAUCGGAGCCAUACGGCUCGUCCAGAGAGGCUGGAGGUUCUGAGAGUUUGCAACUAUCGUCUCUAAAGAGUAACUUGAAAAAUGACAGGGCUCAGGCCAGAGUUCCCAGCCAGCAAAGUAAGUAUGGCUUCCUUCGACCGGAGCAGUAUGAAUACCGAGCCUACGUCCGAAGCACUAUUAACAGCCUAGAGGUUAACUCUGUUGAAAAUGAGAUCGACGACCGAUCGGUCAGCUCUGAUGGUGAGCGGCCAGUGCAGAGCAUACACAGCCAUGACAUGAUCAUACGGAGGGAUAUCCGGUACAGUGUUCAACGUGAGUAA